AUGGCCUACAGGGUCCCCUCGACUACAAAACCCCUCCUACGAGCUCAGCUGACUUCGAGACCAGCAAACGGACAUCUUGCAUUCAUCCCCCAAAUCCGAAAACUGGUCUUCGAGUUCUGUGACAAAUGGCCAUCAUCCGCCAACACCAGGACGUACAUUCAUGACCACCUCGAGGAGCUGGCCCGCACCAACCCUCAUGUCGAGAUUGUUAUCAGGCAGCGCAACCAGAGGGAGCCAAUUGCGCGUGGCUUCUAUCUUAAUGGCAGAGACAAAGUCAUACCGCUAAAUGGUUUCGAGAUAACUGGGAUUCAAAAGAAAGUCCAGCUCCUUUUAGAUGCAUCCGGCGCAAAAAUUAAACCACUGAAGAGGAGGACAGUGGAGAGUACCACGGAGGCUGCGAGGGGUAUUUGGAGUGGUCUUCACGUCGACGAGCCAUUUAAGAUAUAA